GCCCGUCCUCGCUGCCCAUGUCGGAGCCUGGCCGCGCCUCCCUCCCUUCUCCAGCCUGCAUCCCUUCUCCAGCCGCCCGGGAUGGGCGUGCGGAGCGGCGGGCGCGGGCGGGAGUCGCGGGCAGCGCUGGGGCUGCGGCACAUGUGGGGCGGCCGCUGAGCUGAGGCGCGUCCCGGUGCGAGGCUCCCGCUCGCCGGCAGCGGGGCUGGGGACGGUGCCAGCGGCCUGGGAAGGGGCAGCGGUGAGGGGUCGAGCCCUGGUCCCAGGCAUGGCGGAGACCGUGAGCCCCUGCUCCCCACGGGGCCAGUGCCAGCCCAGCAUGGGCGCCAAUACCUCGUCUGCCAACGUGGACGCCAACGCUUCCUCCUCGGUGGUGGGCGGCAGCGCGUGGAGGGGCCGGGAGCCUUUCUCCAUCUUCACCGUCCUCGUCCUGACCCUGCUGGUGCUCCUGACCGUGGCCACCUUCCUCUGGAACCUGCUGGUGCUGGCGACCAUCCUGCGGGUGAAGGCCUUCCACCGGGUGCCCCACAACCUGGUGGCCUCCACGGCGGUGUCGGACGUGCUGGUGGCGGCCCUGGUGAUGCCGCUGAGCCUGGUGAAGGAGCUGUCGGCCGGGCGGCGGUGGCGGCUGGGCCGGGAGCUGUGCCUCGUGUGGGUGUGCUUCGACAUGCUGUGCUGCACGGCCAGCAUCUGGAAUGUGACGGCCAUCGCCCUGGACCGCUACUGGUCCGUCACCCGGCAGCUGCAGUACACGCUGCUCGCCCGCCGCCGCAUCUCCAACGUGAUGAUCGCUCUCACCUGGCUGCUGUCCGCCGCCAUCUCCCUCGCCCCGCUCCUGGGCUGGGGGGAGACUUACAGCCCCGAGCAGGAGCGCUGCCAGCUCAGCCAGGAGCCGUCCUACACCAUCGUCUCCACGGGCGGGGCCUUCUACCUGCCCCUCUGCGUGGUGCUCUUCGUCUACUGGAAGAUCUACAAGGCGUCCAAGUUCCACAUGGGGGCCCGCAGGAGGAACGCCGUGGUGCCCCUGCCCGAGGCUGCCCAGGUGAAGGAAGCUUCGCAGGAACCACAGAUGGUGUUUACAGCUCGUCGUGCAGCUAUCACUUUCCAGACAGAUGGAGAAACAUGGAGAGACCAGAAAGAGAAAAAGGCAGCUCUGAUGGUUGGCAUCUUAAUUGGAGUUUUUGUACUGUGCUGGAUCCCUUUCUUCAUCACAGAAUUAAUAAGUCCCCUCUGUUCCUGCAACAUCCCGCCCAUCUGGAAAAGCAUCUUUCUUUGGCUUGGCUACUCAAAUUCUUUCUUUAAUCCUCUCAUUUAUACAGCAUUUAACAAAAAUUACAACAAUGCCUUCAAGAACCUUUUUGUAAAGCAAAGAUAAAAGGGGACACGGAGGAGAAAACGAUUAUUGCAUAAUAGAGGGAUUUCUUGAGGGAAACAUGCCUGUGAUAUGAACAGUUUCCAUGCACAAGAGCUACUUGAGGGGAUUUAGCAGCAGUGAAAAAGAAGAUGGAAGAUGUUUGGUUAUAAACCUACUGAGAGUUUACAGUCCCCACUUAGAAAUACAGAUGUGCUACGCCAGUGUUGGGCAAAGAAGGUGGAAGCAGGGAAUGCCUCCCCUCUGCUCUUCAAUCAUCACAGGCUGAGGUGUGUCGGUGCCGCCGCUGUCACGCCCAACACGGCUGAUCCCGCCCAGCCAGCCCCGGGGCGCUGCUGGAGCUCUCCUCAUUAGCAAAGGCACCGGGGGGAGCUGCUAAUUGACCAAUCCUGACAUGUUUGUGAUAUCAACAGGAUGCUGGCUUCGGGUUUGAGAUUUAUUUGGAAGGGAAUAAACAUGCUGCAGUCUAUCAGUCCUUGAGUUGAUGUGAAAUUAAAGUGGAUGACCAAGCAGCUCAGCGACACAGCCUGCCAGGACUGAGGGGCUGUGUGCUCUGCAAGCAGCAGGGCUUGAUGGGCAGGCUUGGUCAAACAGGGGUCAGCUGUGUCCCCUGGCGUUAAGUGAAACGUAAGAGGAAAGCCUAGAAUUAUUCAGAGCCCCUGAGAAUGCGUUCUCACUGCUUGCACAGGAGGAUCUAGUGAGGAUUUUUCACUUGUGUUGUCCUCUUUCACUCUGCCAGGCUCAGACUCUCCCUGUUUUAUGAAACCCAGGUGAGCUCAAGAUAAACACCAACACCUCCAAGUGAAUGGGGACUGUUUGCGUGGUUAUUUCAUGCUACCAUAAAACUGAGCAGGCAUCUGUGUUACAAACUCCAUACAGGAUGUUCAGUCACACCAGGUGUGCCGGCAGCAGCGUGUGGCUGCUUGUAGGGGUAGGUGAGUGCCUGCACCAUCAAUGUGCUCAGCACCCAGCCUGGGUGAAGUCCACAAUUUGUCAGCUGGCAUCAACUUCCUCCUACAAAAUUGUUGAUGCUGCCAGGUUUAAGAGGUACUCCCCAAAACCCAAAGAGACUCAAACCUAAGCCUUAAAUCAUUUUCCCAAGAUCUGACAAACAUCCCUAACCCAACAAUAUAUACACAAAUAAUCUAUUUCCUUGCAUCUGCCAAGUCCAUCUUGCUCCAUAUUUGUUUUCUGGUGGGUUUUACUUCCUCCCCUGCUCUGAGUGGGAGAGCUGACAGCAUCUCUGAGUAUUUCUAGCACGGCACAGAGUCCCAGGAAGCUUAAGGGAGUUUGGCUGCAUCUCAAGAGCACAGUGUAUGGUGCUGUACCUCACACCUGCAGUGCUGUGACAGUCCAGUGUGACCAGCUGUGCCCACAGCCACCUGUGUGUCUUGCAUUCCUGCAGAGGAUUCUUCUUUCAAUUUCAGUGGGAAUUCAGGAGUUUUAAUUACCUAGAAUUUCAAAGAGUUGUUAGACUGUGACUCAGACUUGAAUGCUGAUUUAAAUAACUUUCCCUUGUGACUCUCAACUUGCCUGCAUAUGGAACAGCUACCAUUCAAACCAGUGUUUGGAGGCUUAAUUAAACCAGAAGGAAGGCACAUAUAUAAGAGACUGGAUGUUACUAAAACCUGCAGCCUCAUUCAGAACCACUGACAAUUUUUUCAAGUCAAUUGAUUUUUUUUCAUGUAGGAGAGUCACUGCUCUAAAACCUUUAAAAUCCAGACAGAUUGACAUGGAAGGAGGAAAUGCAGGGGUCAUCUUGAGCUGGUGUUGAAAAGCAUACAAAUCUGCAUGUGGCACUCCUGAAGUUUCUAGUAAUCAUGUUUUGGACAAAUUUUAGUGCCUGUACUCCCUGAGCUGGUAAGCCAAACCAUUACUGUCCCACAAAUCCAAUGCCAACACUGGUGCCCUGGCCCAUCCCAGUCUGGCUGCAGGAGCUGCAGUGACCUCCAGCUGCACAUUCCAGCUGACUGGAGCAGCACCCAUCUCCAGUUCCAGAAGCAACACAGGCUGUGCAGGCAUCUUCUUGGCACCAUGGCUUGGCCUCUGGAACUUGGGAGGACAUCACAGAGCUGCAAGGCCCCUGUGCAGUUCCUGCAGCCGCACACUUGCAGGGCACUGCUGCAGACACUGACCUGCAGCAGAGUGCCUUCAGCAAGCAGAAGAGCAGCAGCAAGGCACUGACACAGCUCCCCUCCUCAAGGAUGAAUUUAGCUCCCUUAGGAGGCAAGGCUGGGCCUCUGGAAUGUUGCAGUGAGAAGUUCUGAAGCUGAGCAGCCAAUGCUCUGCCCACCCAAGCAUCUGUGCCAGCAGUGUGUUACAGUGACGGGCGUACGCACCCAGAGGCAAUGAGAGGCUAGCAGAGCUUUCAUUUCAUUGCAGUGGCUUUAGAAAGCUCUCAACAAAAUCAGCUUCCCACACUGGCUCUAAAUGCAGACUGCAUUUAGAAGAGUGGCAGCAUAGAUUCAGGAUUUAAAAUUCUGGUUUUUAAUCACAGCUUGCUGUGGGGCAAAGAAAAUAUGUUAUCAGUGGUUGCUGCCUAACCUGCUGGAUGCUCCUACAUGAACUAAGAUUAAUGACACAGUACCUUGACUAUCCAAAUAGAAAAAAAAAAAUUCAAAUAUUCUAAAGGGACAUCAUUUGGCACAGCUUAGAUGUUGUGUAUUUAUUUCCCCAAUAGAAGCUGCCAAUUUGGAGUACACCUAUCAUCUCUGCUUGUAGCAGUGGACUACUAGUUUUAAACUUUAUUUCCUGACACUGAAUUUGCUCCUAGAAAAAUUUACUGAAGCCUAUUGCUCAGCAGAAGGGCAGAGUUGCAUCCUGCAGCAAGGCUCUGAGAAUCCUGCAUCAGCUGCAUUGUGGGAGCCCAGAAUGUGCAGCAAUGAAAGGGCUUUGGAAGAUGAAUCUGAGCAGACUAUGCUAAUAACCCUAAUAAAGAAAUUAGAUUUUGCUGCAAGUCAUAUAAAUGUUACUUUACAAGUCUUACAAGGUAACAGCAAAUGAGUUCAGGGCAAGACCUUUCUCUUUCAGCACGGAAAUCCAGCCAUACUGAAGAAAAAUUUUGAGAAUUCCUUGCUUGCAACCAGCUGAGAUGGAGAAUUAAGGCAGAUUCUCCUUGCUGUCGGUUCGUCCCCAGCUCUGAGGAGAAAUGGCACCCAACACACAGAGCCUGUGCCAGAAAGCAAGAACAGCUGAUGGAACUGUUUUCACACCUUCACCAGCUCCUUUCUUCUCCUUUUCACAUGGGCCUCACACCAAAGGUUGUGCCCAUCUGCCCCAGGCUCCAUCUUCAGCAAACAGUGAGUUAUGAUCUGGACUCUGAUUUAUCCUUUGUGAGCAAACAACUGCAUUUUCACAAACCUCAGACUUCUAUCUUAGUCAAAAUCACACAAAUCCUAGUCAGAACAACAGAUCAACAUUUUUAUAUUCCUUGUGGAAGCUUCCAGGCUACUCUGUUAAUAGCAUGUAGCAUAAAUUUUAGCAUUAUACCCAACAAAUAAUCACAUAAUGUAUUCUACAUGCAAGUUCAUUAUUUACCCUACUAUUUACCAUACCUAGGAAAUUUUGCUUGAUUCUAAAAAGCUAUUGAGAUUAAAAUGAUAAAUCCCAAAUUGAAAUGCCCAUUCAAGUUACUUUUUCAGAGUUGCAUGGUAUUCAAACACAGUCCAGCUUGAAUUCCCAAGCAGGUCUCCUUGGUGCCAAAGCUGAGUUAUUCAAUUUACAAACUGGAAAGAGCCUACAUAGUUUUUAUAGAGGGCAAAGUUUGUAGACAGAAACAAUGCCUCCUAUAUCAAAGCUGACCACAGAAAGUAUGCAAGCAGCAUUCAAUGCAGGUUUCCUUCUUUGAAGGAAUGCUGAAUGUAAAUUUUUCCUUCUUUGAAGGGACUUGGAAUCUGAUUUUGCCUUCAUUAUUCUGCUAGCCCUGGGCAGACUGACUUUUUGAACAGAUUCAAGAGGAGCAGCCCAGAUCUAUAUUCUCACUAACCAGUGUGGGGGAGCAAGUUCCCAGCUGGCUCAGUGGGAAGGUUUCCUUUCUGUUUGUGCUGCAGGACAUCACAAAAACAGUGACUCAUUUAACUAUGGACACGAUUCAUCUUUUAAUGCACUUGUAAUUCAGGAGCCUGGGGAAGCUUCUGAGGCAAGUUCCACCUUAAAAACACAAUAUCAGAAUGUCACUGGAUUCCAAACAUCCUUUAUUUUAUAUCUGCUGCCAUAGACAGUAAUCGAACAGCGCUGUCAUCAGUGUCAGUGGCAAAAAGGAACAUGAGACUUCUUCUCCUGAAGAUGUCAUGUACAUUAAGAAGUCAGUCCAAAAUCCUGGAGUUAAGUACAAAAAGCAACUGUUUGAAUUAUAAAAUACUGUAUAUACAGAUAUAAAAAUGUCUCAGAAAGUGUCCCACAAAGUUUCUGAACUUUCAAGAGCAAAUCUUCAGCAGGGUAAGUAGGUUGUUGUCUUCAAAGGUGAGCAUCAGUUCAUUAGAGCAGAAUGUCUCAAUCUUUAUCUUCCUAUGUUACAGGUGACAGACUCUGAUUUUCAUCCCAGCCAGGGAUAACGUGGUGAUCCUAGUAUUAAGGUGUUUUUUUCCUGGAGCUAUUAAUUUAACAAGCACACUCUCUAUAUAUAAAAAUGAAAUUUCAAAGAAAUUUAUACAACAGCUAGACUUUAUAAAAAUAUAGAUCUAUAAUUUUACACCAGGAAUUAUCCAAGGUAAGUUUUCAUUUUCUUAGCCAUUAGAAAUUAAUUGUUAUCCUCUGGAAUUCCUAUAUAUGGCUAGAGUAUAAACUAAAAUAAUGUGAAGUUAUUAGCUGGAAAAGCGAGUUUGAAGAAUCUCAUUCUGUGGGGUUUUUUUGGGCCAAAAUUAACAAACUACUGCAUUCUGCAGUGCUCAUCCUGUGGGGUGGUGGACAUACCACACAGUACAUGUAAACUUAUUCCAGAAUUUUCACCUAAUUCAGUGUUAAAACCCAAAUAAAAAACUAUUCCCCACUGUCCUUACUGUAGAAAAAAAAAAACCCCAAACCCAAAUAAAUAAAAUUAGACAAUAUUUCUAUUUUGCUGUACUGUGUUCUCUCUUUACUGUGUAGUGGAGGCAAUAAUGAAUAAUACAGCCAUGUGAUGAGGGAAUGUAAACUGAACACAUACUGGAAAAACCAGACUUUUACAGCUGUGUGUAUAUAUAUUUUUUAUAUAUAUCUAUAUAUAUACAUCUACAUUGCAGUUAUAACUGUCACCUCACAAAAGAGAUUCAAUGGACUGAACAAUCUUCUCUAAAUUUCCCCAGCUGGAGCUCUUCAGAAAGAACUGGCUUUCAGUUUGGACAGCAGCAUUUCAUUCUUACGGCAUUCCUGUUAACAGAGAGCAAACAAGUAAGGAGGAAUUGCUCUUAACUCUGCUACCUGUAUCUCCACAUCAACAGAACCAAACCCUUUCUUUCAUUUUGAAACAUCUCCACAAUCCAAAGCAGCCUGGAGUGAGUGAUGAGUUAAAGGUAAUUCUGAUUCAUCCAUAAUGUUAUUCCAAUGGCAAUACUCAUUAAACUUUAUGACAUGCAAGCCAGAAGGAACACUGCCUGACCAACCAUCUGAAAUUUUUGCUGAGCUUAUAAGUAGAACAAAUCUGAAAUGGACAUUACUUGUAGAUGAUCUGGAACUUCUCAGGACAGUUUGCAAAAGAGUCAGUGCUCAGGGAACAACUCUUGGUCAGGAAAUGUAUUUACACAAGUACACCUGUGUUCAGUACCACAACUAUGACUUUUUCAUUUUUAAGGGUAGCAGAGUUGGACAGAAAUUCCCUCACAUGGCAAGGGAAGAAAAAUAGGUAAAAAACCUAAGAAUAAAUCUACCUAAAUUCUGCAAGUAGGAUGUAAAAUUCUGCAUGUCAGACAAGUAGCUGAACAGCCCCUGUCAUUCUGCCAGAGUACACUGUCUGAAACAGGAAGGAACUGUCUCAGAACAAAGCAGGAAUAAUUACACAAAGAUGUUUUUCCUUGAACAUAUGAAGCCAAAUGACAAUUUUGCCUGCAGCAUUCCUUUUCAUUCAUUCAUUCUCAUGGAGACAGCAAGUAACAGAAGCCCAUGAUGAUUAAAAGCUUGGGAAAGGCUAAAUCAAUGAAAUGUUACACAGUGCUUUCACAACCAUUAGGCAACAAGGCUGAUUCCUGAAGAUUAAUGACCAAGAUCCUGCAUUUCCACACACCUCUUUGCUCCAAUAACUAACUGCUCACAGACCUUCAAGAGAUUCCACUUGAAAACCUAAAUACACCACUUGCUUGAUAACCUCUCCCUGUAACAUGGAGAGGUGCCAGUCUAGCAGUGAAGGAACUCCCAGAAUCAAAUUCAGUCCAAGAGUCACAUGGAGAAAAUGACCAAGAUACAUCAUGAACAUGGUGUGAUAAGCAUCAUAUCAGGAAAUCUUGUGGAUAUGUUAAUGCACAAGUACAUCAAAAUAGGUCACAGAACACUACAGUUGAACAUAGCAAAAGUGUUCUUACCUCUUUAAAUUCUUUCACUGUUUUGAAGUAAAGCCUCUGUUUCUCUAGAAGCUCCAAGUAUUCAUCAUUCAACUGGUCUCUUCUCAUUUUGUUUUCUUGCUUCUUCUUUUCCAUCUGUUGGUAUGCAGGAAGGGCAAGAGAUCUUAUGUAUGGGAUACACAUGGACACAUUGCAUAAGGAACAGCUAUCUUUAACACACUAGGGGAGACAGAUACUUCACAAAUGAUACCCCCAGCUCGUGCUUGAAAUGCAAUGAACAUUUAGGUCAGCUCUUAAAAAUUAAGAGCCUAAUGCUGAAGUCGCAGUACCAGUGGCACUGUAGGUGCAAGUGGGACAAGGGCACAUGAUGAUUGGGACUCUGAGGUGCUGCUGACCCUCUUCAGCAGCAGAAAGCUUCAGUCAGCUCCCACAGUCUGAGAAACCAUGCCUGAGGUGCAGGUCUGACUGUCCCCACACAGUCCAAAUGGAAGAGUUCUCACUGAUUUCAGUGGCAUUCAGUUGUCUCAGGCAUUUAAAUCACUUCAGUGCCAGUAAUGAAGUAGAGAGGUAUAAGAUUCCUGUCAGGACAGAGGUGUUACAACACCUCUGUCAUACUCUAUUCAUUGACAUCUAGUGGCGAGAAGUUUUUGACAAAUGUGAAAAGAAAUAAUCCUUUUUAGUUGCUUGCCUAAUUUUCACCUCAUGUAAUGGAUAAUAAUUGUGCACAGAAAGAUCCAAGAGGCUUUGCUGAGAUAAUUCCCAGGUUCUAGCAAAGAAAGUGAGGGGAGUCAGACCUUCAUUCGAUUCUGUUUGAUGCCUUCUACAAUCUGCUCCAUCUGCCGCAAAAACUGCUCCCGAGAUCCGGACGAUGCCAUGGCUCUGGAAAGAAGAAAAUGGAACACCUGACAGGGAUGUGGGACACUGUGUCUCAGCUGCUGCUGUCUUGCACAUCCACCCACGUCCAAAGGUCUCAUUGCUUAGUGCUCUGUGUAAAAAUUCAUCCUUUUAACCACUGGUACCACUGACAGUGCAGCUCUUCAGCUACCAAAGAGAUGGGCACAGAGCUCAGAGCCCAUCACAGGUGUGCUCCCUGUCAGCCCAAGUCUGUUCCUUGCUCUCAUGUCCUGUACAGAAAUCAACUGCUAAUAACUAAAUAAAACCAUAGUUUUUAAAGAAAA